CCACACACAAACAGAGAGAGAGAGAGAAAAAAAGAAAGAAAGAAAGAGAAAGAAGAGCUUAGUGCAGAGAGAGUACUUGAGUUGAGUUACUUACUUAUGGCAUCUAAGCUUUGCGACUCGUGCAAAUCGGCAACUGCGACUAUCUUCUGCCGAGCUGACUCGGCGUUCCUCUGCGUAGGCUGCGACUCCAAAAUCCACGCGGCCAACAAGCUCGCGUCGCGUCACGCGCGUGUUUGGGUCUGUGAGGUCUGCGAGCAAGCUCCGGCACACGUCACGUGCAAAGCUGACGCCGCUGCUCUCUGCGUCACGUGCGACCGUGACAUCCACUCCGCUAACCCACUCGCACGCCGCCACGAGCGCGUUCCCGUCACUCCGUUCUACGAAUCCGCCACCGUCAAGGCUGGCGCCGUUAACUUCCUAGAAGAACGUUACUUCUCCGACGUGGAAGGAGAAGCUGACGUCAGCAGGGAAGAGGCCGAAGCUGCUUCUUGGUUGCUUCCGAACCCGAAUAACAAGGUUAUGGAGAGUACGGAUCUGAAUACGGGUCAGUUUCUGUUACCGGAAGUGGAUCCGUAUAUGGAUCUGGAAUACGGGCCGGUGGAUCCGAAAUUGGAAGCUCAGGAGCAAAACAGUUCUGGUACUGAUGGAGUAGUACCAGUACAGAGCAAGAAUGUUCAACCUCCAUUGAUUAACGACCACUGCUUCGACAUGGAUUUCUCAGCCUCCAAACCCUACUCCUAUGGCUACAACACUCAGUGCGUUAGCCAGAGUGUGUCUUCUUCGUCCCACGAUGUCGGUGUAGUUCCAGAUGGAAGCACCGUGACGGAAAUAUCCGAUUCUUAUAAUAAGCCGACAACAGACUCGGCGAAUCGAGCGGUUCAGAUCUCGGCGGCGGAUCGGGAAGCGAGGGUUUUGAGGUACAGAGAGAAGAGGAAGAACCGAAAGUUCGAGAAGACGAUCCGAUACGCUUCGCGAAAAGCCUACGCAGAGACGAGGCCGCGAAUCAAAGGAAGGUUCGCAAAGCGUACGGACGUUGAGGUCGAUGUUGAACGUAUCUAUGGAUACGGCGUCGUUCCGUCGUUUUGAACGCUGUAUGUACUAUCUAGCUCCACCUCUCUACUGUGACGGAGAGGCCGUUUUGUUUUUGUAUUUUGUAUAUAUAUGUGUAGUUGAUGAUGACGAUGAUGGUGUUUGAUCGGCGGAAUCCUGACCGUUGAUUUUCUUUAGAACUUUUUAACUUUGUAAUGUAAUGAAUUUUUGUUUUGCAAUCAAGGAGCUGCGAACUGCGAUACUCU